CCCCCUUUUCUUCUUCUUCGUCCCUCUAUGGUGGGAAUCAAUUGUUUUUGUUGUUGUUGUUUUGAAAGGUGCAAAUCAUCAUCCUCCAUUUUCGAUUCUGCGUCAAGGAUAUCCAAGGGUGGUCUUCAUCUCUGUUCACUGCUCAAUUGAUUAGGAUAUCCAAGGGUGGUCUUCUUAUCUGUUCACUGCUCAACUGAUCAGAGCUCAUAGCUGUGUUGCAGGCCAAGCUUGGAAGGCGUGCUUGACUCGUGGGAAACUUCAAGAUAUUUAUGUCUAGGUCAAUAAUGAAUCUCUUUUGUCUGACAAUGUCUGAUGGUCCUUCUAGCAUUAUUUGGUGAGUUUUGGGUGGUUCAAACCAAAAAGUGGGGAAGGGGGGUCAUUGGUCGAUAGGGUUAGCCUUGUUUGAUCAAGAACAUGGCUGCAGAUGAAGUCCCUAUUAAUGUUCAUGACCAUGGUAUUGCUCUUGAUGAGCAGAAGAAGAGAGUCAAAUGCAAUUAUUGUGGUAAAGUUGUUAGUGGCUUCAGCCGCCUUAAGUGCCACUUAGGAGGCAUAAGGGGAGAUGUAACUCCUUGUCUGGAAGUUCCAGCAUAUGUAAAGGAGUCAAUACGAAACAAGUUACUUGAAAUGAAAAGAGGAAAUUUGAGUAAGGAAGUAGGGGAGCUGUACCACCCAAAUCUGCCUUGGAAAAGGAAUUGGUGCUAUGACAUGAAUGGUGAUCAUAGCAAGCUGGAAAUCACUCAAACAGCUGGGUCCAGGAGUAAUAAGUGUGUCAAAAUGGACUCUCUAUCAGAAAACAGUGGGACGGAAUCAGUUUCUUUUCCCAAAGGAAGAAUAGGUUCAGGAGGAGCCUUCACUGGCAUAGAAGAUCCAUCACUAGGGCUGGUCCAGAAAUCUAUUGGCAGAUUCUUUUAUGAAACAGGCAUUGAUGUUUGUGUUGCCAAAUCUCCUACCUUCCAGAAUAUGAUAAAUGCCACUCUUGGUUGCGGUAAUAUUGGGUAUAAGAUUCCCAGUUGUCAGGAGUUGACAGGCUGGAUCCUUCAAAAUGAAGUGGAAGAGAUGCAACAGUAUGUGAAAGAGGUCAGGAAUUCAUGGGCAAGUACAGGUUGCAGCAUCUUAUUAGAUGGAUGGGUUGAUGGAAAGGGUCGAAACCUAGUUAAUAUUCUAGUGGACUGCCCACGGGGUGCAAUUUAUCUUCAGUCAUCUGAUAUCUCAGCUUUUGCUGGAGAUGUUGACAGAUUGCAAUUGUUCUUUGAUGAAAUUCUUGAGGAGGUUGGGGUUAAAAAUGUGGUACAAAUCAACACAUAUUCUACAUCAGCCUGUAUGGAGGCCGUAGGAAAUCAAUUAAUGGAAAAACACAGGUCAUUCUUUUGGACAGUCAGUGCAUCAUAUUGCAUAGAGCUGAUGUUGGAUAAAAUAUGUACGAUGGGUCGUAUGAGAGGGAUAUUGGAGAAUGCCAAAACCAUUACAAAAUUUAUCCAAAGCUCUGCUACAAUGAUAAAGCUACUGAGAAAGCAUACUAAUGGCUGUGACCUAGUUAAGCCCUGCAAGAUUAAAUCGGCAUUGCCUUUCUUAACUCUCGAGAAUAUUUUGUCAGAAAAGAAGAACUUAAAAAAUAUGUUUAAUUCCUCUGAUUGGAACAAUUCGACCUGGGCUUCUACAAGAGAGGGAAAAAGAGUAGUUGGUUUGGUGGCAGAUCGCUCUUUCUGGACCGGGGCUGUGGUGGUUUUGAAGGCAACUAUUCCGCUAGUGCGUGCUUUGGAUUUGAUAAAUGAUGGUGAUAGUCAAAAACUUGGUUAUAUAUAUGAAACAAUGGAUCAGGCCAAGGAAACAAUUAGAGAGGAAUUUGAAAACAAGAAAUCUCAGUACAUUCCACUUUGGAAAGCGAUAGAUGAGAUUUGGAACAAGUAUCUCCAUAGCCCUCUUCAUGCAGGAGGUUACUUUUUGAACCCAAUUCUCUACUAUUCUGGUGAUCCCUGCAUUGAUGCGGAAGUAGCUAGUGGUCUAUUGUGCUGUAUAGUCCGUAUGGCAGAAGAUCGGCGUGUUCAAGAUCUGAUGACUCUACAAUUUGAAGAAUAUCGAGCAGCCAAGGGUGCUUUUUUCCAAGCAAAUGCCAUUGACCGACGAUUGAAUAUUUCUCCAGAAAUGUGGUGGUCCAAAUAUGGAGGACACUCUCCUGAACUGCAAAAGCUUGCCAUUCGAAUCUUAAACCAGACAAGUAAUGGUGCUUCAAAAUAUGACUUGAGGAGGAGUCUGGCAGAGAAGCUGCUCACCGAGGGUACGAAUUGUGUAGAGGAACAGAGAUUGAGAGAUCUGGCAUUUGUUCAUUAUAAUCUGCAGUUGCGCAAUUUUGUCUCGGGUGGGAACAAUAACAUCUCAGUCGACGAGAUUGACCCAAUCCAUGAUUCGAUAGUGGAUGAAGAACAAGAGAUUGUGUCCCAAAAUGGUGAACCAACAUGGAGGGACUCGGAUUAUGGAGAUGCAAGCACUAGUAGAGGAGCUAUCAGUGGGGAAGGGCCUUCUAGUUUUCGACCAAGAGUAGAUAUAUGAGAAUGAUGGGGUAAGAUAAGAAGAAUGGAUAUAGCUAGCCAGUAGUUGUUUGGGAGAUAGUAAGCUUGUGUGUUUCUCUUGUAAGGGGAUGUUUUCUGUUUUGAUGUAUAUAUUUAAAAUGGGCUAUUUAAUAGCCUUUGACAUGAUAGUUCUCUGUUUAAUUUUUAGAAAUCUAGAAAGCUAUUGGCUCUGCCUAAAUUUUAAAAAUGGAAGCCCAU